UCAAACAGUACAGAAAUGGGCAACCGAUAGGAGGGGUCAGCUCAAUUAUGGCCAGCUCUGUGAUUCCCUGGGGUUCCCAGUCCCACAUCCAUGCGUCGGCGAUAGUGUGAUUACGGUCGAGAAGAUUCCUCCAAUCAAAUCGAAUUCCUCCUACAAAUCAGUGUUGGUAUACAAUCCGAAUCGUGCAGUUGAUGUUAGUUUAGUGCGCAAAACACGCCCGGAGAUGCGUUCCAUUCUUGGCAGCUUGUUAAUACUGUUUAUCAUCUGUUUCGAGACUGAAUCACAAGGUUCCGGCUAUGGAUACGAGAUGAUCACGGCCCGACUCGACUCGCUGCAGGGUCUGGAGUCGGAUCUGCUCACCUACACCAACGACACGGUACAGCAGCUGUCCAAGAUGGUACAGCUGCUCACGCGAAUGCAGCUGAACGGGUCGGGCAAUCCAGCAGCAGUACCGGGCUUGCCAGUGCCCGUGGGAGCGUCCUGCCGUGAUGUUCCCUCCCGCGUGUCCGGCAUCUAUCGUAUCGAUCCCGACCAUCCGUUCAACGAGCCGAUGACGGUGCUGUGCGAUCAGCAGUACGAAGGUGGCGGUUGGACCGUCAUUCAGCGACGGUUCGAUGGGUCGGUAAACUUCUUCCGCGACUGGCAGGACUACAAGCGUGGGUUCGGCACACUGCACGGCGAGUUUUGGCUAGGAUUGGAGCAGAUCUACCGGCUCACGAAUGUGGCCCCGCACGAGCUGGCUGUGGUGAUGGAGGAUUUUGAUGGAGUGAGCGUGGCGGCACGAUAUCAAAAGUUCCGCAUCGGAGCGGAAACGUUAAACUACGGUGUGAUGGAGCUGGGCAGCUGUAAUCCUUGCGGUGCGGGGGAUGCGAUGCGGAUCCAUCUGAACGAAAGCUUCUCGACGUACGAUCGCGAUCGAAGCAAGGCGGCGUUUAACUGUGCUGCGGUGUUUAAGGGCGGCUGGUGGUUCUAUCGCUGCCAUCGAUGCAAUCUGAACGGAGAGUAUCUGAAGGGAAAGUUGACCGAUGCCCAGGACUCCCAGGGUUUGAUGUGGAUGGAUUUCCGGGGGGACAAAUAUUCACUCAAAUCAACAAAGAUGAUGAUACGACCCAUAAAGCGAUAGUGCGGAGAAUGAAUCUGUGUUGGCUGCUACUACUUUGACCCCAAGAGGACACUGUUGCCUGUUUGUAGUGAAGAGUGAUAAUGUUGAGGAAGUGUGUAAUAUACAUGUAGGAAUGGUUUUGUUUUGUUCUAAAGUA